AGUCAACGUUCUUAUUGCUCUUAGCAAGCACUAUCAUCGUAUAAUGCGUUGAUGCACCUAUCAUAUCCAUCGCAAUACACUCUGCUAGGAAUCUCGGAAUGCACGAAUAUCGAUAAAUAGAACUUGUAUACAUCAGCUUCCUAACGUGCUCUGCCUCUUCCUUUGGUACCUUUCUGUAGUCCCCAUCUAUCAUGCCGUCUCAACCGCCGGAAGAAACGUCCGUAUUGAGCCACCAAUCCGUUCAAGAUGCAGAUCCGGGACUUGCAGUUCGCACAAAGGAUACCCUAGCCCUCUACUCUUCUGAACAGCUAGGACGUAUGGGGCGCACUCAUCGAGCAUCACUGCCAGUUAGCUAUAGCAUGAUGGUUCAACCACAACAGCAGCAGCAAGCCCAUCGCUAUCACUCCCAACAUGACACCCAUCUGGGUCACACGCGAAAGAGUAGUUCUAACAGCUUUCGCCACGUCUCAGGUCAUGUCAUUGAAGCCCUCUCAGUCGAUCAAAGUGCAGCGAAAUUCAGCAGAUACGAUUCAGGCCGUCCUCUGGCUAGUCAAUCGAUCGCUAAUGGAGCCGUGGUGAACCACACAGCCCAUGUCGGUCAGGCAGACUUGUACCAGAACCCUGCAGAACUUAAUGAUUCUGCUGAGGCCAGACUUGGAACGACAGAAAGCUAUACCACAUCCACGACUAUGUCCGCCAAUGGACUACAGCUGAGAAAGGCUAUGCACUACAAUUCGCCACACCUGGGCCUUCCUAGUCCCCUAAGCCCAUAUAAAUCCAUACCACAGCUCCCCACGCCUUCGAUCACAUCCAUGGGCCUUACGGAACCUAUCCACAAAUCAGACGCCUCAGAUCGCAAGAGAUAUGACCACAGUAGUGACUACGGGCACUACUCCGACCAGCACUACCACAGACAUCUCUUGUACCAGCAAUUAUAUCCCCCUUCCAGCCAGGACUACGAUAGUCCCUACUCACCUCAGUUUAGCACAUCCUCGCCCCUUAGCCCUAAUUACCCAACCGAAACUUUUCAUUCCGCGCAUGCCUCACCAUCCCUUCAGCACCGCGAAUACUACUCCCCACAAUCCUCUCCGUUCGAUAUUGCAUCACACUAUCGCGAUCUCUGCCGUGAAGUCUCCCCGGACGCGCAUGCGAUGAAGGCGCCUCCAUCUUACGCCCUAACAAACGCGCAAUCCUCCGGCCUCAAAUCCUCGCCGAUUUCGCUCUGGAAAAAGGUCAUGUGGAUCCUCUUCACUAUGAACAUAUUCCUGCUUCCGCUCGCGGUUCUUAAGACAUCUUUCCAACUUCGGAUCUCCGCGGGCGGCUGGCAGACCUCGGUCACGUACGGGAUGCUCAUGACCGUCGAUUUCUUGAGUAUCAUCAUUUUCUCGACCCUGAAUCGCCACAAAGUGGACCAACGGGUCAAGAAACGAGACCCACACUGGGUCGGCCUCAGCACAGGUAUCCUCGCGGUCGGAUACCGUGAGGAUCCGGUUCUACUGGAGGGAUGUCUCAAGAGUUUGAGGGCAAUACGGUAUCAACGUAAUCACCGCGUGUUGUUGGUUGUUGAUGGAAACGAACCGCAGGACGAGUAUAUGGCACAGAUCUUUAUAAGAGUCUUUAGGAAACAGGGAGCAACAGUCUUUCGUCCAAAUUUCUUGUGCAUGGAUAGACACGCAAGCGAUAAGGAGAGGGAAGACCUGGUGAGGCAGGUUGCGUACCAUCCUGGGCCUGUCUGUGUGAUGCAGCCGCAUCGCGGGAAGAGAUGUGCCAUGUAUACGGGCUUUGCGGCACUGCUCCAGCAGGAACUCGAGUCAGUGGUUGUUACAGAUUCUGAUACCUAUCUCGAUCCUGGCGUCUGUAAAGAGCUGGCGUUUGCGUUGGCAGAGUCACCUAUUAUCGGCGCUGCGACUGGCGAUGUGCGGAUCUACAACACCGGUACCUGGGUUUCCUUCCUCUCCUCAAUUUGGUACUGGUUCGCAUUCAAUCUGGAGCGUGGUGCACAAUCCUACCACUCCGUCGUGAACUGCGUAUCUGGCCCGCUUGGGAUCUACAGGAUGUCGAUCGUAGCCGAAGUGAUGGACAGCUGGGUGCGCCAGUCUUUCCUAGGCGUGUUCUGUACGUACGGUGACGACCGACACCUGACGAACUUGGUCCUGAAGGAGGGAUUCAAGGUCAAGUUUUCGCAAUACGCGAUCUGUUACACAGACACGCCGACUGGGUUUAUUACUUGGGUGACUCAGCAGACACGGUGGUCAAAGUCCUUCUUCCGCGAAAUCCCCAUCCAACUUGGCUGCUUUCACCUGCACUCCCCCUGGAUGACCUACUCCUUAAUUUAUCAACUCAUAUGCCCGAUGAUGAUGGUGUAUAACUUUGUCAAUUGCAUUUACUUUGGCACCGGAUCCCAAUUCACCUGGUGGAUGGUGUCGAUUAUUCUGGUGGGCUGCAUGAAGACCGUGUUUGCGCUUAGGAUCACAGGCGACAAGAAAUUCUUCUUCACAACACUGUAUGGGCCCCUGUACAUGAUUGGAUAUGUACCUUCAAAAGUCUAUGCUGCCCUGACACUUUAUGACAACACUUGGGGAACCAGCGCGCGCCUGUUCCGGAACUUCACGCAGCUUCAAAACUACAUUGCUCCGAUGACCUGGGCCGCAGUGCUCUUCUUUGGAUUGACUCGCAACCCCUCUCGGUACUCUCAGUUUGCACCCAUGCCCGAGGAUCAGGCCCCACCCUUCCUUGACGAUGCCAUGGUAUUGAGGGCAUUGAUCGUCUUUGGCCUGGGCUAUCUAUUCUCGUACCUGUGGUUCUUCCAACGGACGGGAAUCGUCACCCGCGAGUACAAGCGCAAUUUUUCUUACGAGGAGCUGUAUGAGAACAGAAGUUAUAUCAAUGCAGAUUUUGGUAGCAAACGUAAAGUCUCGAGAUUCGAGGUGUAGAGUAUAAAAAAAAAAAAAUGAGUAGCUACACUAUGUAACAAAUUGACCCUUUAUUC